GUAAAUAAAAUUCCCGCGUUUCCCACACAGCGGAGUGUGUUUCGGCUCUGAGCGACCAUGGACGAGCUCUACUUAGACAACAUAGACGAAUAUGUUAACGAUCAGAAUAAAAUUGUCACCUACAAAUGGCUCAGUCUCACUCUCGGUGUGCAUGUCAACAUUGCUAAACAAAUGCUUUAUCACUACCUAGAGCAGAGACGCAAGGAGAGGUCUGGAACUACGCUGCAUGCCACCUACCUUGUAUCUGGAAAGUGCUCUGAGAAUGGCAGUGUGUGUUAUAAGGUGUCAGUGGUGCGUGAAGACCAGCUUGAGGAUACGAAAUCCAAGCUGGAAAAGACUAUUAGUGUGCAUGUGUACAGCAUCCAGAAAGCUGAGCUGAAGGACAGCAGUCCACUCUACAGUACAGACUAUGAUGCUGUGAAGGAGAACUUGAAAAAUUGCAACAAGUACAGCGCUAUCCGCUGUGCAGCUGCUGUGCCACUGUCCCCAGCAGAGCUACAGAAAGCUCAGGAAAAGGUUCAGGCCACUGUACUGGACAAGGACGCCACUAAACCAAGCCUGAUUGACCACACGGCUGCUGCUACCAAACCAAGUGUUAAACAGCCUAAAGGCAUCAUGGGAAUGUUUUCCAACAAACCUGCCCCAAAAAGUGAGCAGUGUAACAAAGAGGUGAAAACAGAACAGAAAGAUGAUACCUCUCCAUCUGAAGGACCUAAAACUAAGGCAUCCUCCAAAGCUAACGCUAUGAACAACUUUUUUGGGAAAUCAGCAGACAAAAAAGUUAUCACUGACAAGCCAGACAAAAACAUCAAAGAGGAGACAGAAGGAUCUCAGCCAUCAACAGAUGCAGUGAGCACCAAACCAUCUCAGUCCUCACCCAAACCUAAACAGGACAUAAAAGAGGAGCUACUGAAGGAGUCUGCUGCAGUUAGAGGUGACUCCAAAGACACACGGAGUAAAACGAAGCGUAUUGAGCAUUCAGACAGUGAAGAUGAGAAGGUGGACAGUCAGAAGAAGAAGAGACGGAGAAUAAAGAGGCCUCAGCCUGACAGCAGUGAUGACGAGGUAAUUCCAGAUUCUCCACCUGUGCCUGAAGUGCAGACGCCAAGUCCCGAAAAGCAAGUAAAGAAAGAGCCUGUUUCACAUCAAGAGGUUUCAGAAGGAAGAAGGAGGAAAAGAAGACGGGUUUUGAAGGCACGUACAUUUGUCGACGAUGAAGGCUGUAUGGUUACUGAGAAGGGCUAUGAGACCGAAUCCUAUUCUGAGAGUGAAGAUGACUUCAAGACCACACGUCAGCCCUCUGAGGAUUCAGGCUCAGUCAAGCAAUCGCUUGGAAAGAGAGAGGAGGAGAAAACGUCCAAGGGGAAGAGUCAGAAGAAGGCUCCUGCUGCGGCUGCAAAUAAGUCAUCUAAACAGGCAUCCAUCAUGGGAUUUUUCCAAAAGAAAUGAACUUACCAAAGGCUUCCAGUGACCUUCCAUCACUGAUGAAAAGCAAUGGACGUAAUCUUGUGCUGGACAUACAUAAUACUUUUUUUCCAUAUUAAAAACUCUCCAGAAACAACUAGACUGCCUUAUGCACUUAGACAUGCUUGGUGAACAGUACAGCAUUCCACCAGUAGAGGUCCCUGCAGUGCUUGUCUGGAGUUGGUCAGUGCUGAAUUUUGUCCUUUGCUAUUAAAACUGUAUGUAAAGGAACCACCGAGAUGCUGGGAAUAUGCUUGGGACACUUACAACUAUAUGCCAUACAAAACCUCAGGCGUUGUACUUAAAAUUUUCCUUCACUGCUCAGUGGAGAACAUCUUGAGCCGGAAUGCUGUGUUUUUUCAUCUUGAAUGUCAGUCUGUUGUUUCAUUGAUAGAAUAAUAAACUUCACUUUGUAGUAA